AUGUCAACUAAAGAUUAUCUAUUAUCAAUAAAAGAAGAAGAGAUCUUUCUAAUUAUAUCUGGAAUUGAUGGUGAUCGAUUGGUUGAUACAAUUCAUCAUUUACCAACAAUAAAUUCAAUUUAUAUAUUUUGUUUCGAAAAACAACUUCAUGAACAAUGGGUAAAAAAUUAUAAGAGGAUUUGUGGUGUGUACGACAAUAAAGAUGAAUUAUUAAAGGUACUUAAAGAAGAUAUACGUAGAUGUUUAUUCAAAAUAUUGCCUAUAAGAGCAUUGGAUUGUCGUGCAAUGCAAAAAUCUAUUAAGGAAUUAAAUGAAGAUGGUGGAUUAUUUAUUUGGUCACAUUUUUAA